GCAGUAAGAAAGUCUAGAGAUCUGGAGGAGUCCUGGCCAAACGAAGAUGGGCACACUCAGAAAACCGAGACGUCUCUGAAACCUUGAGGAGGCUCCUAAGCCCCACGGGGUAGCCAUGGACCCCAGCAGCCCCUGAAACUUGCCCUGGGCUCUCGCACGGCUGCAGCCCCGAGCAAUGGGACACCUUUCCUGCAUCGAUCAUAACUUAUUCGGCGGGGACCAGAGAACAGGGAUCGGCGCAAGGCAACAACAGACCGGAACGGAGGCAGGGGCACGAGCUUCUGGGACUCGGUCGCGAUGCGACAGCCUGGCACCCUCUGCGAGAUUUAACUGAAGGCAGCGCCGUCCACCGCGUUCCCCUCGCCCCAAAGCCCCGCAGGCAGCCCCAGAGCCAGCAAGCCCUGCUCUCUCCACCCAAGAUGCUCGCCCACUCCAGCGGUCCGAGGCCAGCGCUCUGAUCGCCUCUGAAGAUUUUUUUUUUUUUUUUGCCCUUGCAUGAAGCUGGCCGUUUAAACAGAAAAAACAGGGGUAAAAAAAAAAAAAAGAAAAAGAAAAUAUACCCACCCCCAAACGUGCCUCCCCAGCGCCGCAGGGAGCCGACAGACACGCCGGAGUUUAGCAAACAGCUGUACUCUUCGCGCUCCUGAAAAGCAGGGCUGGACGCUCUCCGUGGUGCUGAAUCGCGUCGCGGCCGCCUCUAUCCGUGGUACCCGCGGCCGCCUCUAUCCGUGGUACCCGCGGCCGCCUCUAUCCGUGGUACCCUCAGCCGCCUCAAGCCGCGGCCCCCGGGGCUCUCGCUCCGCACCCCUGUUCCCCAUCGCCCCUGAACAUCUGGAUUAUUUUUUUCAAUAGCGCUGGUUUUGUAAGUGCCAAUUUGAAACAUUUUUGCCCCCUCCCCAUAAGUCGUGGACUACAAAGCACAAGGACCUGAAAAAUGUACAGCUUCAAUACUCUUCGACUCUACCUUUGGGAGACCAUUGUAUUCUUCAGUCUCGCUGCUUCUAAGGAGGCUGAAGCUGCCCGCUCUGCGCCCAAGCCUAUGUCACCCUCGGAUUUCCUGGAUAAGCUAAUGGGGAGAACAUCUGGAUACGAUGCCAGAAUCAGGCCCAAUUUUAAAGGUCCCCCGGUGAACGUGAGCUGCAACAUUUUCAUCAACAGCUUCGGUUCCAUUGCUGAGACAACCAUGGACUACAGAGUCAACAUCUUCCUACGGCAGCAGUGGAACGACCCCCGUCUGGCCUACAACGAAUACCCCGAUGACUCUCUGGACCUGGACCCAUCCAUGUUGGAUUCCAUCUGGAAGCCUGACCUGUUCUUUGCCAACGAGAAGGGGGCCCACUUCCACGAGAUCACCACAGACAACAAACUGCUGAGGAUCUCACGCAACGGCAACGUCCUCUACAGCAUCCGAAUCACCCUGACAUUGGCCUGCCCGAUGGACCUGAAGAAUUUCCCCAUGGAUGUCCAGACCUGUAUCAUGCAACUGGAAAGCUUUGGAUAUACCAUGAAUGACCUCAUCUUUGAGUGGCAGGAGCAGGGAGCAGUGCAGGUGGCGGAUGGGCUAACUCUACCACAGUUUAUCCUGAAGGAGGAGAAGGACUUGAGAUACUGCACCAAGCAUUACAACACAGGUAAAUUCACCUGCAUUGAAGCCCGGUUCCACUUGGAGCGGCAGAUGGGCUACUACUUGAUCCAGAUGUACAUCCCCAGCCUGCUCAUCGUCAUCCUCUCAUGGAUUUCCUUCUGGAUCAACAUGGAUGCUGCGCCAGCCCGGGUUGGCCUGGGCAUCACCACUGUGCUCACCAUGACCACCCAGAGCUCUGGCUCCCGAGCUUCCCUGCCUAAGGUGUCCUAUGUGAAAGCCAUUGACAUUUGGAUGGCAGUCUGCCUGCUCUUCGUGUUCUCAGCCCUGCUAGAAUAUGCUGCUGUCAACUUUGUGUCUCGGCAACACAAAGAGCUGCUCCGAUUCAGGAGGAAGCGGAGACAUCACAAGAGCCCCAUGCUGAAUCUAUUCCAGGAGGAUGAGGCCGGAGAGGUCCGUUUCAACUUUGCCUAUGGGAUGGGCCCAGCCUGUCUGCAAGCCAAGGAUGGCAUCUCGGUCAAGGGUGCCAACAACAACACCACCACCAACCCCCCUCCGGCACCAUCUAAGUCGCCCGAGGAGAUGCGGAAACUCUUCAUCCAGAGGGCCAAGAAGAUCGACAAAAUAUCCCGCAUCGGCUUCCCCAUGGCCUUCCUCAUCUUCAACAUGUUCUACUGGAUCAUCUACAAGAUCGUCCGCAGAGAGGACGUCCACAACCAGUGAAGGGUCUGCUGGCAGUGAAGGGGAGGCUGGGAGAGGGCCGAGCGGGAGAUGGCACAGGAAUCUGAGAGCCUAAGGAAGGGAAGAGGAAGGGCAGCAGGGGGCACACAUGCACAACUCUCUCCUCCUCCCUCCCUCUCUCUGCAAUAUGUGCAAUAGCAAAAAUGCAGCAAUGCAUGAAUUUUAGAACGUGGCACUAUCUAUUUAACCUCGGGUGGGCUGGUGGGGGGGGGGGUGGGAUUUUCUAAUAUAGGAACUGAGAGCUGGGAAGAAAGGGUGGGGGGAGGGUUAUAGGGCAAUAACAGCUUUCAAAACAUUCAAUUCACAGGCUGUGCAGUUUUCCUGUUUAGAAGGAGAGUGCAGUCUUCCCCAGAGCAGAAGGAAAGCAAUGUAAUAUAUGAUAUAUAUUCAUGCUUAAUAUUAAUGCAAAGCCACAAGAACAAAAGAUCUAUUUCUUAACCUAUCAGCCUAGUAACUGCUUAAAUUUUUAACGACAUAGAAGUCAUGGACAAUUUUUCCGAGUGGGAACAGUCACAAAUAAGCUUGCUUGGGUGUGUGUCCCACAUCACACCCCUCCAAAUGCCAUCCCUGUCUUCAGACUGGCCCAGGCAGAUACAUGCCACAGAGCCACGUGGCCUCUGCUUCAAGAGGGUUGUGAGGCAUGGGCAGGGGUAGGAGGUGGAGGAAGGUGGACAGAAGAGAGGGAAUGACUACAGAGAUGGGGCACUGCAGAGACCUAAGGCCUGAGAACCCAGUUAACCCUCUCAGUCCUCAUGUGCCAAGGCCGAAGACACGCCUGCCCCUCUCAGAGUCCUCCUGCUUCUGUGCUUCCACACCCAGCCCACUGACCCACCAACAACCAGAAAUGGCCACCAUGGUUUCUCAUUAUAUUGCCAAUAUGCAAUCUUUUUUAUGGUUAAAAAAAAGUAAUAAUCUUGAGAAAUAAUAUGCACAUAGACAGUGUAAACAGAUAUACUUUUUGCAAAUGUCUAUUUUUUUGGAGAGUUACUUUGAAAUUCAAGUGGGUGCAUGUUGGGGAAGGUGGGGUGAGUGGGAUGAAAUAGAUUUAUUAUCUAGUGGUUCUACAGAGUAAAGCUUUAAGAGGUGAAUGGGCAGUAUGGGGGCUGCUACAGAUAAAGUAUAUAUGGGUAGGGAGAGAUGGUACUAUUUGGAAAGUUAUUCAUUAUAUUUUGACAUUUCAUAUACAUAGAAAAUGUAAGAAGUUUGGGGGGUGACCCCAUUAUAUUUUUAUAAGUCGUCUUUUUCUUUUAGGUGCUUUGUUUAGCUUUAACAUUUAGGAAAUUUAGACAAACGUUUCUCUUACCUUCUGACUCUGAGGUGCCACUGUCCUAGGGUACUAGGGCACUCCAGAACAAAAGGAGAAAGACUAGGAGAUGGACUUGGGAGGAGAAGGAGUCCAGCUAAAGGAUGUGGAUAUCCACAGAGGGGGGGCCUGCACAAGGGGACAGCACCACUGGCGCACCGCUGUCCACAGCUUGCUCCCUGUUUUGGCCCAUGGCCAGAACCCUGGGGUUCCAUUUCUUUCUUUGCACUUUAGCGUCUUGGCUUUGGCUCAAAGUUACAGGCAGAAUGAGGAGAAACAGCUGACAAUCAGUUUGUUCUGAGGCUUAGGGUUUCACCUGUAUCUUCAGAGCAACCCCAAUGUGAGGCAAGAAGGUAGGGAAGCCAUACAAAGAGAUGAGACCAUGGAGGCCUAGAUCCUCCCUAAAGCACUUCCCCCUGAGGAAUCUUCUCCCACUCUGCAAAACAGCCUAUGCCUACACAAGACCCAAAAAACAGGCCAAGACAAAGACCAAGAGAUUAGGUAAAGCAAAGUUCACUGUGCAGCCAAAAAUAGGAUUUGGCCUUAAGGCUUGAAUAAUAAAAGGUGUUUACUCACAGGUCCAAGGUCAGUCAGCCCUUGCCUUUCCUUCUCUUGGCCUGCAUAGACCAAAAUAUUCAGUUAUAUUUCAGUUUAUCUCAUGAUGUGAGGUAGAACCUACAAUUUUUUUUUCUAAGAAAUCUUGAAGGAUGGGAGUCAAGUUGGUAGAACUCUCUCAUCAAAGACCAUUCUUUUCCCCACCACAAAUAUGCGUCCCAAGGAAGAAAAGCUAAAAAAAAAAAAAAGAAAAAAAGAAAGAAAGAACAAACUUGAACAACUACUACCAGUUCAUAUUAGAACAUUAGUCUUGGCACUGCUACUAGCACCUUUCAUUAGCACUAUAAUCACUUUAUUUAAAGGAGGAAAACACAACUCGUUCUCAAGUGGUCUUUGGAGAGACUUCCAGUCCCUUUCACUUAGCACUUUCUUCACUUUAUUUAGCUAACCAUUAUUUUUAAGCCCUUCUCCCUACUACUCAUUAUUAGACAGGGCAACAGAGGCACUAGGCCUCUAUCAGAGACGAAAGCCAAGACCAGUUCUUCUAAGACAUUUUGCCUCUGCUCAAACAGAAAAAUCUUAGAUUCCUAACUGGUCUUCUUAUGGGAAGUGCUUGGAAUCCUUCAGGCCAAGAAAUCACAUGGCCACUGCCCAACCUCUACUGGGUCCUUGAAAUUCUACCUGUGAGUUCCCUAGGGGCUGCCAGAGCUAGCUGGCAGUAUCCAACAAACAGCAGAAUCACCUGAGACACUCACAGAGGGAACUGUCAUGAAAUCAAACUCUUACAAGUAGCAAAAUCAAUGUGGGGUGAAGGCAUGAUAGCAGUGAAAAGAACCUAAGUUUUAUUCCUGCUCUUAAUAUGCUUAGGGACCUUAGGCAAAUGACUAAGUCUUAGAUUCUCUGAAUACACAACGGGAGAGUGAGAUAGUAAUAAAUUCCCUCCUAAUUCUAACUGCUCCAUGAGUAAUUUCCAUAGGAAGGCCACACAACCAAAAACCUAAUGUCCCUUUUAUUUCCCAACCCCGAGGUGGGUGUAUAGAUACAUAUGCACAAAUACAUGGACCCAUCCAAUUCUUGUUGCCUUUCUUGUUUAGAAAAUAUGCAAAUUAAUUUUUCCUUCAGCACAUAACCAAAAGUGAACAGUGGUAGGGAAAGGACAGUGAUUAGGAAGUUAAAGAUACCAUCAUCAAUUAGGAAGCAAGCAUGCCCACGAAGACAUUAUUACCAGUGUAUAAUGCAGUAAGGAACUACUGGUAAGUUAAUGGAUUUUAUUAUUAUAGAAAAUGAAGAUAAUUUAGGACAAAUAUUUUUAAGUGACCCAAUGAACAGGACAAUAUUUUCUUAAUUUCCUCUUCAGUGUGAGCACAGGAGACACCAUGCCUUGGGAUUACAGAUGCCAAGCGGGAUGGUGGGUGACAAGCUGAGUUAGCUGCAAUGGAUGGUUUGCUAGUACUCUGGCCCUUUACGUGUACAGGCCACUAUUUGUGCAAGGUGGGAGAACUGAGUUCUGGCAUCGAGGAGCUGCUGUUCUCUAGAGCAAGCUACUUCCAGAACCACAGCUAAUCCCAGAAGCCAAGUUCAGCAGUUGUCAAUUAAGUAGAAAGAUGGUAAAGCCAGUAACUUCCCUCCUAUUAGUUUACAAUGUGUCUCCUUUGUUUAAAGAACAGUCAGAAUCGAUGGCUCAGCUCUGCCACCCUCUGGUUCUUGCGCACAUCCAGAAGUCCAUUCUAGGCUAAGGCUACAGGGAGUAAAGGACAGGUAUGAACAAAAAGGAAAACGUAUGUAUGUGUGAAUGCGCAUUCAUGUGAGUGAAGUAUCUUGGAUUUAACUAUAUUUUUACUUUGAAUCUAAGAAGACAAAAGAAGGUUCAUCUCCAACCCAAAUCCAUUUCUUCUUCUUCCAAGCUAUUGAUAAAUAAGAAAUCAAUCCCUCUCAGAUGCUCACCAAUAUAUUUCAUAGGCUAUUUUUUUCAUACUGGGGAGAAAAAAUAAGUAUGAUGAGAGGUAGUUCCUUUCAUUCAAGGUACACGUCUUUAUGAACAUCAUAAAAAAGAGAUGGUGUCUUGUAAGACUCUGUAUUAGGCUGCAGAGGUUAGAGCCCCAGCUAAGCUGGUUCCAUCACUGAUAACAGUCCUGGAAUUGAAGGGGUUGUCACUAUCUCUGUAGUUAACUGCCUCCUUAGUAGAAGCAGCUGGUGGGCAGAAGGCUUGGUGGUGGUAUAAUCUGUCAGCUUGAGGACUGGGGUCAAGAUCUGUGAUUUGCAGCUAUUUCCUAGUCUGGCUGGAAGCCCACACCACGAACAAUGAUUCCCCCUCUGGAAGCUAUUGUAUUCAUGAAAUAAGCACUUUCUGCAUACUCACAGCUCUGAAGACAAAGACAAGAUCAGGUCUUCUCUGUAGGCUGUCUCCCAGGCUGGCUGGCUAGGUGGCUUGUACUGAGGGACCGCUUGGGUCUGCCAAGAAGGGGUGACUAUACCUAAGCCCCUGAUACAUGGCAAAAAUUCUCCAAACAGGCAAGCAGGAUGCAUAUUCUUCAAAAUAUAAUUUUGCUUAUUUUCCCUUACUAAGCUACGAUUCUGAUAAACCAACUCCAGAAACUUCAGAACAAGAGCUGAUGACCAGAGGGAGGAGUGAAUGAAAUAGGCCUCAAUGAACUGAGCUGGCUUGCUCUAGAGAACUACUCAUCAGUGUGAGGAAGAUCAUGUAGGGGGCAAGGCUUUGGUUUCAGUGUCCUGAGACCCCAGUGGGUAGCGAGGACACCCAUGGAUAGGUUGAAAUCUUCUAGAAAUAGAACUUUGCAAAAUCCUGAAAUGAUGCCCUCCUCACCCAAGCCCAAAGAGAAGGAGAGUGGUGAUGUCUUCCUGCCUCAGCUGAGGAUCCCAGAAUGUCACAGAGGACAAGGACAACCUGCAGCCAUCUCCCCUGAGGCCACAGCAAUUGAGCAUCUUGGAGGCCCAUACUAAAAGAUGCCUCUAUCCAGACCUUGUCCUGUUGGCUCCUAAGGGUAUCUCGGGCUACAGUGCCAGCAACAGCAGGAGACGGGCUUGCUCCUAGGCAAGUGCUAUCUCAUGCUGUUCUGAUGGAGCCACGUGGUUAUUUAAAGCAAUAAUUACGGUGCUUUAUCACUCUUUGGAACAGUAAAGGAAGUUCCAAAGUAGAAAUUAUUGCCCAUUAAUUUUUAGGAUCAUUAAGGUUUCUGCUCCCUCUCUUGUUCUCCCUCACCCCCACCAUCCCUCUCACUUCCUCCUCUGUGGGCAUUUCCUGUUCAACAAGUUUGUACAUCUUAGUUGGUGAAACCAAACUGCCAGAAGAUGGUGAUUUAUUUUAGAGGGAGGUUGGGGGUGGGGGAGGGACCAGAAUGGACACAGUGGCUCCUGUCUCAUUUCUCAUUCAUGUCUAGGCGGUUAUUUCUGUUCCUUCCCUUGCCUAUGCAUUUUGAAAUCCCAUUGCUCUGGAAAAUUUCCAUUGGAACACUGGGUCAGGAAGUCAGAGCACAGAGAAUGGCAAGCCAAAAAUAGCCCCUUCAGAGAGCUCAGUGAUGACAAUGAUAUUCCACACGAGGCCAUUAACCAGCUACAGGACAGUGCCAGCUCACUAAUCUGGAGAUGAAACACAUCUGCGGGUUGCACACAGAUUGCUGGACCAGUGGGUCUUCCAUUCCCACCUCCAUCCACGCACAGUUCCCUGCACUGCCUUGUUUUUGUCCUGCUGUUUCUUACACAACUUCCUACUUAAACACACCUGAAAUAGACUGAGGUCAGAAAGAGGUAGGUCCUUGUUUCGGCACUACCUCAGGCUCACCAAGGAAAUAUAGGUAAACUGCUUGCUUUUCUUGGCUUUCCUACUCUCCUGUAAAAAGAGGAAGUUGAAGGGGAUUUUCCAAAGCCAAAUUUGGGAUAUGGUGAUAGACUGAAGAAAAGAGGGAAGGUUUUGUCAUUUCUUGGAGACCCACCCCAGGCCUCAGUGGUGAGCAGGCAAGGAGAGAUUAGAAGAGAGAGAUCACAGUGUUAAUCCAUCUGUGAAAGUCAAGGUGUUUCACUAUUCUCAUAAGACUAGCUGCUCGCCUGAGAACUCUGCCACACAGGAGGACAGCACUCUGCUCUGGUAUUUCAGCCUGUGGAGGCUGUAGGUAUUUUAGCACCUAUGUCCCGGGGAGGCUGUCACCCAUUCCCCAUGGCAGGUGUUGGAAUUCUCUCUGCCAAAGCCUCUGGAACAAUCAGAGAAACACAUCAGAGAAUAAUUUGUAAAAUGCCCCUAGGGAAAUCAUAGCAAUGACUACAAGUCCCCUCCCCACCAACUCACAAUUUGAUCAUUUAAGAAACUGCCAGCAAGAUUUAAGAAUAUUUUCCCCUGUGGCUCCUGUUACUUUAAUUGCACAAACAGCAGAAAAAUGGGACCAGCCUAGACCACUUAGAUGGAGGUAGGAGAGUGUCUACAUCCAUACCAUUAGCAAAACCACCCUAAUAAUAAGAUGUAUUACAGCAAAUGUGGUUGGAGUUGGACCAGCUCUCUCCACUCCUACCCCAGCAAAAUUUCAUCCUGGGAAUGACGUUUCUGAAACUCCCACCACAAUCCCAUAUUUCCCAACACCCCUUAAUAUUAGACACCAUUGCUCCUGCCUGUCCCAGUGGGGUGUAUGUACUGCCUGAUAUCAAUGCAUCUUCUCAAAUGUUUAUGGGGGACUUUACAACAAAUAAUCUCACUCUCCCUUCAUCCAGCCCUGGGAGUGAGGAAAACAUGGCAGAUUCAAAAUUUUUCUCAUCUCCAUGUUCAAAAUUAAUGAAUUUUUAAAAAAUUUUAUGCUUCUCCUAAGGUGAUAAAUUGGAGAUUAUAUUGUAAACCAGCCAUUUCCCAUACAUGUCCCUCAUUCCCACACAGCUACUGCUUUUUCUGCCCCCUGAAAGAUUCAAGUAGCUGACACUAAAGUCCUCUAGGAUGAAUAGGUGUGUGGGAGAACAGGGAAACCUAACUGUAUACCCUGUUGGUAGAUACAAAGGCAGUCAAGGUAAAAUGCCUUCAUUGGCAUUUUACAGAGCCCUCUUUCCUUAUCUGAAAUGGAGAUGGAUUAGUUCAUCUUGAAAGGUUUUCUUGGUCCACUUCUCCAGUUGUUCUUUAGCUGCAGAGACUGUCCCCGUACUCUUAAGUCAGUCCCACUCUGUGUCCUAAACUUUCAACUAUCCUCUCUCUAAACCCCUUUAUGUCUUCCCUAACGCAGUGGACACAGCAUUCGUUUUCUACCCAAAGGCUGAGAUGCAACUACAGUAAGGCAGGUGACCUUGCGCUUCUUUGGGCAUAACUGUAUCCACAUGACAGAUAAAGUGACAAAAUGGACAUUAACCUCACCCUCUCAAUGUAAACUGUAAAGCAUUCUCAUUAUUACCACAAUCGUUCGGAAAUCUUAUCAUCUCUUCCUGUUUGCCAGAAGAGAUCACCCAGGAACUUUCAGAAUCAGGCCUGCUCCCAAAUCCAGCAGUCAGUUCAGUGACAUUUCAUGACCUGCCCCAAGGAUUUUCUGUUGACUACCGUGAUAGCCUCAGAGCUUAUACACACAGAGACCUCCAUUCUAAUCCUGAUUCCACUGUUCAAGCACCUGCAACGCUUUUCCCCACAGAUACCAUUUGAGUAUCCACUAAGUAGAGGUGUCUUCUGAAAUGCUGCAGCUGGAGCGCCUGUUAUCGCAUGGAGCUAACAGACUGAAUAAACCCCGAAUGUCACAGUAAUAUUCCCUAGUGUCUAUCAUGUCUGUCAUUAUAAACUGCAAAAUUUAAUUCCCACAGUGAAUGCGACCUUAUUUCCCAUUUUACAGAUAAGGAAACAGGCACACACAGUUUGCUAACUAACCCAGGGCAGUGCCUUGAAAAAACAGGCUUGAUCCUACAAUGGGAAGCAAGUUUUGAAAACUGGUAUGGCAUGAGUUUACUCCUUCCAUAUAUCUGCUCUUGACCGUUAAUGAAUUAAUGCCCCUGUGACUAUAGACUCCACCCAUUUAAGCCCUUUUUAUGAGAAUAAAACUAAUGAACUGGUAGUUUGUCAUUAAAAAGUAGUAUAUAGGUGAAAAGUUUAUUAAUUUAACUUAAAUGAAUCUUAUAGCCACCGAUAAAAGAUCUAUACCCUUCUGCCCAAGUACAUUCCAAUACCAAAAUUUUGAUCUCCUAGCAAACUGUCAAAUGCCAGUGAAUACCAUCUCAUGCUAGACCAGAAAUCUAACAUUGUUUCCACACCAAGAACCAAAAAGAGAGUCCUCAGCCCUUUUUUUCUGAUUGUGGUUAUAAACAAUAUGUAUCAGUCUGCCUACAAGGGCUAGGAACCUACUAACUAAAUCAGUCUUAGAUGGAUGCACUAUGGAGAAUUGACAUGGGGCCAUUUUUAAGCUACAAAAUUGUGGAAUAAAGUACGUAGGCAACAGGGUGGGGUGUAAAUACUCACAGGAGGUAUCUGGAGAUCACUGACAACACUGCUUGUUUGUGGUCCCACAUGAGAUAGCCAUCUGUCUGGAAUGGCUGCAAUCAAGGGUAAGAACCUUUUCUGCAAGUUUUUCCUUAUUUGAGAAUACCUUUAAACAUUGACUCAACAGAGAUAAAUUAAGAACCCACCACAACCAAUGCAGAGCACAGGAACCAAAGAGCAACACCAUCCCUAACCACACUUCUAGUUUAGUGAUGGCAGAUAAGGCACCAGUAACUAACUCAGGGAGAGGUAGAAGUUGAGUGCAAAGAGAUCCUGUUUCAGAGACAGGCCAAGGUUUCCUGGAUGGUGGUACCCAGGAGCUCAGCUUCUAAACAAAAGAUCAUUUUCCAGGGUGGUAGUUACUAUCUGGGUUGAUAAAAUUAACUCACCAUCUUUAAAAGGAUUAAACAGUAUUAACUCCAAAACACUAGUUACCUAACCACUUCCUCCAAGCAGGGGUGCAGGUGAAAAGCAAUCUUUUCUUCAUGAUACCAUUGACACAGGAGUAUGACAAGUGGCAGUCUCACCAACAUUCCAAUGAAGGAGGGAUUUCUGAGGCUCCUUACUCAUAUCCAGGCUUGGGAAAUGAGUGGGUAAAGAGAAUUUUUAAAAAGCAAUGGAUCUGUACGCAGACGCUCUGGCCUGUGUCCAAGACCUUCUGUUCCUGACUUGACUAUCCCCUAGGUAACUUGAUAUGCAAGUGGCCAAACCAGUUCAUGGGACAAGGCCUCGCCUAUAUCCUCAGCUGUAUUCAGAAGCUUGGUCUUUGGCCAGACAGGAAUGAGCUACUGCGGUCAUGUUAGGAAUCCUUGCUGUUGUUACUACUCUGAAAGCCAGCAGAGUUCCCUGCUGUGUAGCCCUGGAUGUUGGUAAGGAAAGGGGCACUUGGAAUGGACCCUACUUAGUGACUCCAAAUAUGGCAAAGUGGGCCUCCAGGCAACUGCUAUGUGCUGCCUUUGGAUGAUUGUAUCAAUUGCCCAGAGGAAGCAUUUAGCCUUUCAAGAUAUGAGAAUAGGCUCAAAAGUUAGUGUCAUAGCCAAGAAUACAAUAUAAAUUUUAUUAUAAAAUAGUAUAUGCUUAUGGGGCCAGCGCCACGGCUUACUUGGUUAAUCCUCCACCUGUGGCACCGACAUCCUAUAAAGGCACAGGGUUCCAGUCCCUUCUUCUAGUCCAGCUCUCUGCUGUGGCCCAGGAAGGCAGUGGAGGAUGACCCAAGUGCUUGGGCGCCUGCACCCACGUUGGAUACCAGGAGGAAGCACCUGGCUCCUGGCUUCGGAUCCAUGUAGCUCCGGCCGUAGCGGCCAUUUAGGGGUGAACCAACAGAAGGAAGACCUUUUUCUCUGUCUCUCUGUCUCUCACUAUCUAACUCUGUCAAAUAAAUAAAUAAAUAAAUAGUGUAUGCUUAUAUAAUACUUCUAGUUAUUCUAUCAGUUUCUUUAAACCCCCCUGUAUGUAUCCUCCUUCUACUUGCUAUUUAUUAAAUCUACAAGUCAGUGGCACCACCAAAACAGGACAUCAGAAUGAAAAACACGUGCAUUUCCCAUAAUACAGGAGCAGAAAAGUACCUAGUUAUUAACACAAAAUGAAGGAAGUGUGUAACAGAGGAAGGGUUGUUCCGGCCCCUGUGGAGGGGCAGGAAAUAAAUUAUGGAAUGUUUCAUUCAAGGCGAUCUGAGCAGUAACAUAAAGGAACAGAAGAGAUUCUGACAGAUGGGGACAGGGAGUUCCAGCAGAGAGAAUAGCACGAGCAACAAUAUGGAGGUAAAAAAUAAGGGCACAGAUGAGCGAGCAAUUAUCUGUUUGGCUGAAGGGCAGGACAGAGGCAGAAUACAUCUGAACAACCUUCAAUGCAGAAACCAGGGUCCGGACUCCCAAUGGCAGUUGCCAAAGGCAAAUCCGGAAGGCAUUCCUUCAGGAGUGCACCAGCUCAUUCUCCUUACCACCAACCCCAACUUCCAGCUCAAUACAGAUCUUUCUGCAUUUUGGAGAAAGGUAACCUUUUCCUUCAUGGCACCCACUAGGAAUUCAUGUCUUAAAGAAUAUCAAUGUAACUCAAGUAAUAAGCAUUUAGUUUGUGCUAGGCAGGCACUAGAAAGGGGAUGGAGAGAUGGUGAAGUCAUGGUUCUCAAUGGGUUUGCUAUUCUACAAUGACUCUGAAAAAAUUAUUUGUGGAGUUAUCAAGCCAAUACUUAGUAUAAUGGAAGUAUUUCUAAGGCAAGUUUGUGCUCCAACUAUUACCUUUUGUUGAUCAACUGAAAUAUUAAAUAUCGCAUACCUGUAGGGAAAGUAUAGUCUAGCAUGUCUUCUUAUUCUCGGUUGCAUCUGAAAUCACUUCUCCCACUCUAGACAACAUCUCUAUUCAAAGCCUGAAACCACAUCGACAAAGAAAAACAGGGAAAAAGCCAAACAUGAACAGAAAGAGAGAGAAGUGUAACUGAUUUGUAUCAAGUCAUUGCUAGAGGAAGUUAUUACAUAUAAUAGUUUUUUGCACAGUAAGUUACCUCAAGUAAAUUCUUUAGAAAGAGUGUUUUGGGGAAAGGCAUUACCAAUCCUAGUCAAAGAUGCCCCCAGAUUUAUUUAAAAAGUGGUGCUUACAUACUAGUUUGCUAAGAUCAUUUUUCCACAUUAGAUGUACUUCUACCUCAUUUAAAAGUGCACCAUGUUCAACAUGCCAAUUUAGCUUGAGUUGGGUCAAAGAGGCUUAAGAAUUGGAUAUUCCCAAAAGGCAUUAUCUCAGAGCAUUUUAAAUUUAUACAUCAUAAUUUAAUGGUCCAACCUUGCACUACUUAAGCCAUGAUAUUUUCAGCACUAAACAGUUAAUUAAAUCCCAAAGAGGUCCAUCUUGCUACUUUGCAUAUGGGACACAGAUAAAAUACCCACUUCAUGUGAUUUUUGUACAUAUCAGACAAACAAAAGGAUGGUGUAACAUUCUCAAAACUUAAAAAAAAAGCUAAGAAGUCCGAAUCUUACCUUCAAAAUAAACAGCAAGGACCUCAGUGACUUGCACAUAAGGUUUUAAAAUGGCAAAAUACAUGCCUUUGCUGCUAUGGACCUGAAAUGCACAAAGUGACCCACAAAGGGACUAAGACACUGUCAAAGGGUAUUCUAGUCUGGUUGUGUAGAUCAGCAUCCCAAAAGACCCACUGGUUAAAAUCUCUCCAUCCAGAGCUAAUGCACAUAACUGUCACAUAAUUAAGUAGGGUCAUUUUGGGUAAAGAGUGGUUGCUGCGUGGCUGGAAUGUGCAGGGACAGCUCAUUCUGUGCAUGUUCAUCAUCUUCCAAAUCAUCAUUUCCAGAAAUUGCAUCCUCAAACCGGACUGGUCUGGGGAAAAUUAUGGUAGGAGAUGAAAUUACCUUGCAGGCACGGUUAUGAAUAGGCCAGAGCCACACUUGGAAAUUGGCCCAUGGCAGAACUAGAAAUGAGCAGAUCUACUAGAGAGAUACCAAUUUGUUGCUAAGACAACACAAACAGAACUUAAGAUUGAUCUCAAACAUUCCAAAACAAGUCACAACAUGGUUCAGUCACUUGAGGGAAAGGUAUCUUUUUUUUGAAAACAUAGUUUCUCUUAGUUGGUUCAGGAUCUAUUCACCAUUUAAGAUAGGCCAGUUUUUGACAACAGUAUCAGACCACGUAAUCUCAAGCUCACCUGACCCCAGCCAAAGCAGAUUUUGGGGUAAUUCGUCACCUCCAAAGACCCCGCCCUUUGUGUUUUCCCCAUUUGGACAUUGGUCCUAAAGACAUACCCUUUGUCUUCAAAGCUGGUUUAAGCAAAAGAGUAAAUCCCAGGUUAUUCUUCAACUAAUUUUACAGUUUCCCCAAAAAGGUAGCAGCCAACUUAUGUGUGUCGUGUAUCAGGAAGGGUAAAAGUUAAAUAUUAACUCUCCACAGCUAGAGGGUAUUUUCUGAAACCAAACACUUUGCUUCAUUAAUACACUAUUCAAGAUGUUAUUUUAACCCCAAAGAACAGGAAGGCAUUGUAUAAUUCUUCAGGUCACAAUGCCAGCACUACUGUGCAGUCUCUUACAGGUAAGAUGACAAGUUAAAGUUCUGACUGUAAUUCCAAAUACUUUAGGGGGAUGUAAGAAAUGAGUGUACGCCUGGCUGUGCAGUUGAGUGCCUCAUCACCCAUGAUCAAAGAGGUUCAAGGUGAUCCAUGCUUUCACACUGAGACAAGGCACACAAGCCCAGGUUAACUGACAGCUAGCCACAGUAGAAGAGAUUUCUAAGUAGCCUGGGGAACAUAUUAACGAAUUGGCCUAGAAAACUGGGUCAGAAUUACAAAGUUCCUCAUCUUUCCCAGAAGCAAAUGUUGACAGUUAUGUCUUUUAUAUGGAAACUUCUUUGUACAUAUGUAUAAACUUGGUAUGGCCUUAAUGCUGCAGUUAAGGAUUUGUUUGGCUACCACCUUAAGCAGCGUGUUAAGCAAAUGCUUCCUUAAUGUAACAUUUUUACUUCUCACUGGACACUCAAUUCCCUUGAACAAGCCAAUUCCCUUUAGCCCCUAAACUCUUUUCUUUGCAUGCAAUCAUAACGUCAUUGGCAGUUAUUUUUGGCUUGUAAAACAAAUCUAUUUCUGCAGUUUGAAGAUGGAAUGUAAAAUUUCUGUGAUACAUGUAUAUAAAAAUGUAUUUAUUGAACCAUCCAUAUGCCCAUAUCCAUGCUGAUUCCAA